AUGGCCUUCCGGAGCAAGGCUAGAGCUCAAGCGGAGAAGAAAAUAGAAGGCAAGUUUCUAGCACUGAUCAACGCACCAAACCAGACUCAUAACGUUGAAGAACCAUCAUUGAAUGACAAGGCCAUUUUGAAUGCUACAACCGUAGAUCUGCCAGCAGAAGUGGAGCACUUACUAAGCCUAGGUUCAAAAUUCGCACUACCAUACAAACAUUUGGCCGAAGUUCCGAUGUUCCACUUCAUAGCGGAUGUGGAGUCUAUCAUCAAGACUAAUAACGAUGCGGCGGUACAGGAUCGAACCCGAUGCGCCGUGGCCAAUCAGAUCCAGAACUACCUACACAGGAUGCAGAAUACGGACACCAACGACCCAAAAGCGAGGUUCUAUUAUAACGCCGAAAAACGCACCAAGGCCUUUCUCAAAGCGCAUCCUGGGAUCAUCGUGGUGAAUUCGGACAAAGGCAAUCGAACAGUAGUGAUGGAGCGGACAGACUACACGUCCAAGAUGAAAAGUCUACUGGAGGAUAGUAAAACGUACCGACAGGUAACAAAAGACCUAACGAACGGGUUCCAGAAUCAGAACAACACCAUCGUGAAACGGCUUCAGGAUCUCAAGCUAAUUGAUCCCUAUCACGCAUCGAGAUUGAAGACCUACAAAGCAGUGUGUCCUAAAAUCUAUGGUCUGCCCAAGGCACACAAACCCGGCCUUCCAUUGAGACCUGUUGUACCCUGCGUGACCGCGCCGACCUAUGAGCUCUCCAAAUUCGUAGCGAACGUGCUUCAAAAAGCUAUAGUGAGUAAGUACAACAUAAAGGAUUCCUUCUCCUUUUGCGAUUACGCUAACUCGAUUGAGCUCCCGGAAGGAUACAUCCUGGUCUCGUUUGAUGUAGUAGCACUUUUCCCGUCCAUCCCCAAAAGUCUCAUGAAGCAGAGCAUCUUCAAACACUGGGACGAGAUCAAGAAACAUACAGCUAUUUGUCUUGAUCUGUUCUGGGAAGUCACAGAGUUCUGUAUAGAUGCCAGUUAUUUCGUGUUCGAAGGGACGUAUUAUCAGCAAAUCUUCGGUACAGCAAUGGGAAGCCCACUGUCGCCGAUAAUUGCCGAGUACGUGAUGGAGGAUCUUCUGGACGAUGCAGUAGCCGCCACCACCGUGGUCAUUCCGUAUCUGAAAAAGUACGUUGAUGACCUUUUCCUGGCGCUCCCAGUCGAGAAAGUCGAAGAAGUACUCAACGUCUUCAACCAACAAAACACGAACAUUCAGUUUACCGUCGAAAAGGAAGAAAACUGCCGACUGCCCUUCCUCGACUUGCUGCUGGUACGCCAAGAGGACCGCACAAUCAAAACAGAAUGGUACAGGAAAGCAAUCUCGUCGGGUAGAUUCCUGAACUACCAUUCAGGACAUCCGAUGAGUCUCAAGAUGAACGUCGCCUUCAACUUUGCCAAACGGGUCCUCCGGUUUUCAACAAAUCUGAGUCUGAAAAAAGCAAAAUCAAUAAUUUUCGGGCUCCUGAGGACCAACGAUUACCCCUCGAACAUUAUCAAUCGAGUGAUACAUCGUAUAAGUGGUAGUCCAACCGACGAAACAGCUAUGGAAACUGUGCUGAUUGCGAUGCUUGCUAUAUAG